GUUCUGGGAGCGGAGUCGGGGCCUGGGGACAGGUUUAGCUCGCCGCGGGGAUAGACCCGGACUGGCCGGAGACCCGAGUCCGCGGGCGAAGCCCCGGAACCAUUCCCUGAACUUUCAACUAGUAAAUCUGACCUUUUAACAAAAUGUCAUUGAUCAUUGAAAGGUAUUUGAAUAAUUAACGUCUAACUAAUCAAUAACCCAAGGGGGAUUCAGUCAAAUAACUAAUCAUUUAAACUAUUGAAAUAGAUAAUAGUAGCUGAUAACUGGGCCGAUGAAAGUGCGACAACUGAAUUAUUGGGGCUGAUUAAUUGUUAGGUUAAUUUAAAACUAAACUAGUUAAACAAUCGAGACUAGUUACCAAAUGUUGGUUGUUAGGUCAUCAUUUCUGACAGCUACAAGAACAAGAUAAAAUGUGCCGCUAACCAGUACCUGAGGUAAAUCACCGACUGAGCAAACUACCGUAGCUAUUAAAAGCCUGACUCUUGGUCAGGAAGUUGCUGGUCAACUCAACCGAUUAACCCAUUAAGUGAGGAAGUGGCAGAGGGGCAGAGCUUUAUUUAACUUGGCAUGAAGCAGUGAAAGGGUUUCUGGUUGGGGGACAGAGUUGCCUGGUGGCCCCAGGAUACAACAGACAAGUAGAGUAGCUACCAGAACUUAGGAGGAGAAGACUAAAUUACUGAGGUCCACCUAGGUUCUGCAUGAAGCUGCAAGAGUGUGCUGAGCACAAGAAGACAUGCCAACUUGGUGGAGGCUUCCAGGAGAAGACAGAGGUCGGAUAAAUCGGAGGGAAGUGGCGGACGGAGAGGCGGGACCAAAUCGAGUAAAGCAAGUUUGUCAGAAGUUCCAGAUUUUGGAAGACCAGACGGUCGCACACGUGCUACAGGAGAAGGAAGUUGAGGAGCACGUUGCAGCCAACAGGCUGAAGGCCCAGCAAGCGCGGCUGAACCUUACGGUGGCAAGGAGGCUGCAGGAGGAGGAGGAUGAGCGGGGCUGGAGGCUCGACCUCAGACUGUGCCGACAAAGAUUGGACUUGGAAAAGCAUAAAGAGACACGCGAGGAAGAGUUUCAGCAGUGGGAAGAGACCAGGCAGCGAUCACACACACAGCAGAGGAAGAAGCGGCUGCGCAGGCUUUCCGGGGAGACGGGCCGGCGGUCCAGGGAGGAGGCUGAGAUGGAAAAGAGAGCUGAAGCUUCCCCGUGGCAUGGAAUCCACUACAGCCAGGCCAGGUCUCGCCGGCCCUUCAUUGCAAGCAAGGGAGAGGAGAAUGCCGAAUGGUGCAGGCGAGAGGGAGGAACUGGCCGGCCACACCGCGGGUUGGGUGUGGAGGGAGAACAUGAGGCAAAUGGCUUUGGGAUGCCCCGAGAAAUGGUCGUGGAGCAAAGGUCCCCAGCCGGUUGUUGGGAUUACGUUAAACAGGCAGAGGAGGGGGGUGAUUCUCCCGAGGGUGGAGAUCCACUUGCAAGGACCCAUGACCGACUGAAGGGACAGAGAACCCGCCGUGGCCCUGAAGGAAGAGUGGAUCCCCCGGCUGCUUCUCCUACUACUGGCCACCUUGCAGUUCUUCCCCCUGCAGGGUCCACUGAUGAGGGGGAGCACAGUGCCUUUUGGGGUAGCGUGUCCGAUUCAGAGUCCCGCCAGAGGCACCGUCGGCCCAGGGGGGAGCCGAGGGCCAUGCGAGCAAGGGCCAUGUCUGAGGAUGGCCACCGGACCACCCGGGACAGACGUGGCCACAAGCGCAGUAGCCCAGGCCCGCAUCCACCAAGGCCUCGAGAGCAGCCAGCUAUGGAGAGGAGAGCCGUGCACUUCCACCCUCCUCUGGGGCCAACCAGUGAACUGAUGCAGAGCGGUAGGUGGAAGGUUGGGGGUGGCCGAACUCCAUCGACUACUAAGGGUCUUGGGAUGGAAAACCAUUGGCCAUUGAGCAGAAAAGAGAGAGAGGCCAAUCACCCAUUGGCUGGCGAUCAGAAGCAUAUCCAUCGCCCAUUGGCUGGCGAUCAGAAGCAUGUCCAUCGCCCAUUGGCUGGCGAUCAGAAGCAUGUCCAUCGCCCAUUGGCUGGUGAUCAGAAGCAUGUAAGUCACCCAUUGGCUGGUGAUCAGAAGCACGUCCAUCGCCCAUUGGCAGGUGAUCAGAAGCACAUCCAUCGCCCAUUGGUUGGCGAUCAGAAGCACGUCCAUCGCCCAUUGGCUGGCGAUCAGAAGCGUGUCCAUUGGCCACUGCCUGGUGGUGAAGACCAAGUCCGCCGUCCAUUGCCUCCCAAUCAAAGGCAAGCUCAGUAUCCUCUGGUUACCAACCAUACUCUUCAUCCACUGACUGAUGAUAAAUAUAUUCACCACCCACCACGGACUAAAGCAAAAGGGAAGCAAGUCCAUUUCCUAUUGGCUUCUUCGGACAGAGCAAGUCCUAGCCAAAUGCAAUUGGCUCAGAGGGAUAGGCAAAUCCAAUUUCUGUUGGAUUCCGCAGGAAAGGUUAUUCAACCCUCAUCGGUUGGCAAGCAAAAGCGCGUCCAUUUCCCACUGGAGGUUGGAGAGAAGGGAAUAGCAGUCCAUAGUCCAUUGGCCAAGGGUAACGAUGCUCAACACUCAUUGGCUACCAAUAGGAAGGAACGUCGAUCUCCAUUGGCUGUGAAGCCAAACCCCAUUCAGUACCAAUUGGACAGUAAGGACGCGGAGGCGAUUAUUGAUUAUGUUCUGGAUAAGGAGAAAGGAAGGGGUGACUCGUGUCCAAGUCGCUUGCUCAAGUCACCAGCUGAUCGGGAGGAUGGCUCUGGGCAGAGCAGGGACAGUCCCAGAGAGGUGGUGCCAGCUAAAGCACGGUCCCCUGGGCUUGCUGGGGAGCAGCCCCGCUGCACAGAGAAGGAUUCCUCCAGCUAUCCGUGCAGCAGGCGUCCUGCCGUGAUGGGUGGCUCUGUGGACAGCGCUGGGGGGAGUGACGGGGCCACGGAUCGGCGAAAGGUGAAGGCAGUGGAUUGUGUGGAGGCUCCACGGGGAAGACACCGCCAACCGAGAGGCUGGGAUGCGCAGGGCAGAGGGAGGAGGAAACCUGAGCGCAGUCGUCCUCGUUCUCCAUCGAACGGUCUCCCUGCAGAAGCUGGCAAGGACUCGGCAAGAGGCAAAGGGAGUGCUCCGAGGAAUGGACUCCUCUCCUCCCUGUGGUGCAGUGAUGACACCCUCAAGGCUCUACAGGCCCUGGAACUACGGAGAGUUCAACUACGAAAGGCGGCAGCAGACGAGAAACAGCUUCAGCUGGCCAGGGAUGAGGAGUUUGCACUGGAUCUGCUCAGACAGGAGAUAACAGCCUUAAGUCUGAGCAGCAAGGAAAAGUGUUGCCGUCUAAUGCAGGAUGUCCCAGGCAGGAGGAGAAAGGAGUCUCCCAGGAGCGAUAGCCCCUCCUCGGUGAAUGUCGAUUGGGUUGAGGAGCCACAGCUAUCAAAGUCGGCCUUCUUCUGAAAUGGUCAUGGAAUAACCCCCCAGUGUUCUCUCUCCUGCUCUGACAACUAUUAUGGCAGUAGAGUUUGAUGGUGGUGUUGUCAUCGGCGCAGACUCAAGGACCACAACGGGAUCAUACAUUGCAAACAGGGUCACGGAUAAACUGACCCCUAUUCACGACCUCAUCUUCUGCUGCCGCUC